UAUGAUUCCGGUGGCUGAAUUCAAGCAUUUCACAGACCAGCAGCCUGCUUUCAAGGUUCUCAAGCCAUGGUGGGAUGUGUUAACUGAGUACAUCACCAUAGCCAUGCUGAUGAUAGGUGUUUUCGGCUGCACUCUGCAAGUGAUACAUGACAAGAUUAUCUGCCUUCCCAAUCAUGUUCCCAGUGGUACAGCUUUUACUGAUUUAACUUGUGAAAAUUUCACCAAGAAGAGAAUCAAUACCUCUGAACCAAUCAAGUCUUCUGUCUACCAGGAAAUGAGUGGAUUGCGGAACAACCUAGACCUCCAACAGUACAGCUACAUCAAUCAGAUGUGCUAUGAGACAGCCCUUCACUGGUACGCUAAGUACUUCCCUUAUCUUGUUGUUAUCCACACACUCAUCUUCAUGGUGUGUGCCUCUUUUUGGUUCAAAUUUCCUGGUACCAGUUCCAAAAUUGAACAUUUUAUCUCCAUUAUGAGCAAGUGCUUUGACUCACCUUGGACUACCCGAACCAUCUCAGAAGUUUCUGAGGAAGAGAAUACAAGCUCAGGGAAGGUGAAUCGGGGUAGGAAAAGUAAUGUUCCCAGUGAACUGAUUGAACUUUCUCCUUCAGGAGGAUCAGUUACAGGAAAGAAAGUUGCAGAGUCCCCCUCCAUUAGCAUGUUGGGCAAAAAGGAAGGCGAGGAAGCCAAGGCUCUGUUUGAAAAGGUGAAAAAGUUCCGGCUCCAUGUAGAAAAAGGAGACAUCCUUUACACAAUGUACAUUCGCCAGACUGUUCUCAAAGUUUGCAAAUUUCUAAUUAUUAUCAUCUACAAUGCAGUCCUGGUUCACAACAUUAAGUUCAUAGUGCCCUGUAGUGUCAAGGUGGAGGACAUGACAGGCUAUGACCAUUUCUGCUGCAAUCACACCAAAGCCUAUCUCUUCUCUAAGCUGGCUAUCUGCUACCUCUGUUUCCUUGGUGUAUAUGGUAUGACCUGCCUCUAUACUCUUUAUUGGCUCUUUCACCGGCCACUCAAAGAGUACUCAUUUCGCUUUGCUCGUGAGGACACUGGCAUCAAGGACAUCCCUGAUGUUAAGAAUGACUUUGCUUUCAUGCUCCAUCUCAUAGACCAGUAUGAUUCCCUUUACUCCAAGCGCUUUGCUGUAUUCCUCUCUGAGGAUAGUGAGUUCAAACUUAAACAGCUCAACCUCAACCAUGAGUGGACAGUUGAUAAACUGCGGCAGAAGCUGCAGAUGAACUCUAGUGGGCACCUAGAACUCCAUCUCUUCAUGUUGCCUGGUUUGCCUGACACUACUUUUGAGGUGACUGAGUUGGAAACUCUAAAACUGGAAUUGCUUCAAGAUGUUACUUUCCCAGCCUCAGUAACUCAGUUGAUCCAUCUCCAAGAGUUAGUACUGAUCAACUGUCCUGCUAAGCUGUCCUUUACCUCCCUUAAGUUCUUCCGUGAACAGCUGAAGGUGAUGAUUGUAAAUUUUGAUGAUAUAAAAGAUAUACCUGGGUGGAUUUACAACUUGAGAGGUUUGGAAGAGUUGUACAUCUCUGGACUUUUCAACCAGGAGAUGGGCCGGACAGGGACUCUAGAAAGCUUACGUGAGCUAAAGAACCUGAAGGUCUUGACACUGCAUAGCAACAUCUCAAAAUUGCCACCCAGUGUGGCUGAUCUGGCCACUCACCUGCAAAAACUGAGUAUCCAUAAUGAUGGGACUAAGUUGGUGGCCCUCAACAAUCUCAAGAAGCUCUUCUCUGUGCAAGAGGUAAAACUGAUAAACUGUAACCUGGAACGCAUCCCCCAUGCUGUCUUUAGCCUUGUGAACCUGCAAGAGUUGGACUUGAAGAACAAUAAGUUGGUUUCCAUUGAGGAAGUCAUCAGUUUCCAGCAUUGCCGAAAGUUGAUGUGUCUCAAACUUUGGCACAACCAGAUUUUCACCAUCCCUGAACAUAUCCGCAAACUCAAGACCUUAGAGCAGCUUGACCUCAGCCACAAUUACAUUGAAAUUCUCCCUUCCCAACUGUUCAUGUGCACUAGGCUGCAUUAUUUGGAUCUUUCCUACAAUAACAUCCAGAUCAUCCCUUCUGGACUGGGAGUUUUACAAAGUCUUCAAUAUUUUGCUGUUUCUCACAAUUGCUUGGAGACAUUGCCUAAUGAGAUUUACUUCUGCAAGAAACUCAAGGUUCUCAAAGUAGGACACAACAAACUCCGGCACCUCUCAGAUCGCAUAAGAUGGCUGACUUUGCUCUCCAGGGUAGAGCUGAAAGAGAACCAGCUUGAAGCCUUGCCCCUGGAGAUUGGACAGUGCCAAUUCCUCAAGCGUAGUGGUCUGGUGGUAGAGAGCAAUCUUUAUGAGACAUUGCCUUUAGAAGUAAGGGUAAAAAUGGAGGAUGAAUGACUGAGAUGAACAGUAGCAAGGACAGUGUAAUUUCUCAAGUGUUGACUGUAUAGGCACAGAACUGGAACACAUAGGAAUCGGGCUCUGUUCAUUCCAGACACUGUCCCAGUGGUGUCACCCUUUUUGUCCAGGUCACCAUGGAAAGGAUGUGAUAAGACAAAGACUAAGACUAGCAAAUCUGUAUCUCAGGAUGAAGUCAGGAGGGAAUUGACAGCUUUAACCCUCAGAAGAGAUGGAAAUGGGAAACCUUGGCAAGGAGAAGUUGAAAGUGACAUUUCAGUUUUGUUUUGUUUUUUUUGAAAAACACCAGUUUUCAGAACAGAUAAAUAGGAGAAAUAAUUCUUGAGAAAACAUGGCUGUACCAGACCAAAGCACCACUGUAUUUAAUUUUUUUGUGUAUAUAUUUUUGAAACGCUCUGAAGCUUUGCUAGACACUCUUGUUCAAAUGGAUUCAUUUGUCCACUCUUAAGCUGCAGCUUCUAGAUGCCAUGUUUGAUUUUAUCACAAGUGAUUCUGAGCAGUGUUUUUGCCUAUUUGUUGCAAUAGGUGAGAGUUAUAGUCAGGGACUGAGAAACUUAUAUUACCAAAAGAGCCUAGCUCUUUUUAUACCGUUAUUUGUUCAAAGAAGAAUUGUGCUCUGAAAUGUUGAACUAAACCACAAAGCAUUUGCUUUGAUCAAAAGGAUUCAUAAUAUGGCAUAACUUCUGAUUUUUCUAUGUCCGAUUGGCUUGAAUCCUAUCCAACAUUCUGCCAGUGGGAGCAUCCCCACAGUGCAGUUCCAGUCAUGGAGGAUGACCAUAGACUUGGCAGAGUGAAGCAGCUUCCAUGCUGUACUGGGAGAUACUGCGGCAGUCCCCUAAACUUCUCAGUCUAUCAGAUGACAAAGCUAUAGGAGGUAUACAACUUACCCUGUUGUACAUGUCCUUAAUGAGAGUGUUUGCCCUCAG